AUUGCACAUCGCUACAAUAACUAGACGUUUUUGACUUUUCCUUGUCACAGAAAGAAAAAAUCUUACAUUUGACGCAAGUUAAUAGAUUUUAAUUUUUUAAUUUUUGCAUUUUCUACCGAUUUUACGAACAUACUCAAUUGAAGCAUAGAAAAAUUAAAUUGUGAAAGUGGCCACGUCUACAUACGCGAUUGAAUUUUAAUCAAUUUGCUGCGAUCUGUGAUUCGAAUUUAGAAGAAAAAGUAAUAUGUGCAUUUUGAAGAAUGCCCAUUCAGGCGCCUUCAUGGACAGAUUUUCUCUUUUGCCCAAUUUGUUGCAAUGAAUUUGCUGUUAAUCACCGUCUACCAAUAAGUCUGGGAUGUGGUCAUACAAUAUGUCGCCAGUGUCUGGCCAACUUACACAACCGCCAAUGCCCCUUCGAUCAAACCACCAUCACAACCGAUGUCGACAAUUUGCCUAUAAAUAACGCUUUAUUGCAGUUGGUUAGCACCAACUCAAAUAACAACAGUAACAACAACUCUGGAAAUGCCAACGACCACAGAAAUAACAAUGGUGGCGGAAGUGAAGGCCCCUCAAGAUGUGACGUCGACUCGAAUGCGGUGGCUAGACAUAUACCUCCAAGUGUACGCCAGCUAAAUCCGGAAGAUCUGAAAUGCUAUAACUUGGCAAACAAGUGUAUAGAAAGUCUGGCGCUGUAUCUGAAAUCCCUUGUUACCAACAAUGGCAGCUUUGGAAGUCCACUUUCGCGACCGAUGCAACGAAAACUUGUUACUUUAGUUAACACACAGUUAAUGGAGCGCGAAGGACGUGAGCGCGUGUUGCGAGCGGCACGGUCUCUAGGCGAACGCACUGUUACCGAACUAAUUCUGCAGCAUCAAAACCCACAGCAGCUAAGUUCGAAUCUAUGGGCAGCUGUUCGCUCACGUGGUUGUCAAUUUUUGGGCCCCGCAAUGCAAGAGGAAGUUCUGAAAUUGGUUUUACAGGCACUGGAAGAUGGAACGGCUUAUUCUCGGAAAGUUUUAGUGAUGUUCGUUGUCCAGAGAUUAGAACCUCGAUUUCCGCAGGCGUCAAAAACAAGUAUCGGGCAUGUUGUACAGUUAUUGUAUCGCGCCAGCUGCUUUAAAGUAUCGAAACGCGAAGCCGACUCGUCUCUAAUGCAGUUAAAGGAAGAGUUUCGUACUUACGAUGCACUUCGACGUGAACACGACGCUCAAAUCGUACAAAUAGCCACGGAAGCAGGGUUACGCAUAGCUCCAGAUCAAUGGUCUUCCCUGCUUUAUGGGGAUACAGUACAUAAGUCGCAUAUGCAAAGCAUUAUUGACAAAUUACAAACGCCUUCCUCUUUCGCGCAAUCUGUACAAGAGUUGGUUAUUGCUCUGCAACGCACGGGCGAUCCGGCAAAUUUAUCCGGUUUGCGAACACAUCUCAAGCAUUUAGCCGGCAUCGAUCCUUCGCUAGAGAGUCCGCCAUCAUCAUGGCAGGAUGUGAGUAAAGCAUUGGAAGCUGUUCAUGAGGUCGUGGUGGGACUGGUGGAGUUCGUACAACACCAUGGAAAUCGCAAGCUGCAAGAGUACAGUACUGGUCAGACGAGCACGAACACGAAGUAUAAAAUAAGUUUGUGCCGUGAUUUGACGGUGAGACGCAAUUGCCCUCGUGGUUCAAGUUGCACUUUUGCACAUUCAGAAGAGGAAUUGGAGAAAUACCGUGCUAAGAAUCGUAAAAGUACGAAACUUGGCAGCAGUAGUGAUCACACCGGUGCAGGGCCUAUUGCCAGUGGAAACGUAAAUAAUGCGAACAAUGCGAAAGGGGAUUUUCCACCACACACGCACUCGCAUAACCUGGGACACAAUCACCACAAUCCUCAUCCGGCCGCUUUGCUCCAUCCUGGAAACGAAAACUCCGCCCCAGUUUCUGCAACAACAUCGCCAUUUCGAUUCGGCGGCCCCCCACCUAUGCACGGCAAAUUGCCUCGCGGUAGCUAUGGCGAUACUUCGUCAUCUUUACAUGCGCACGGCCCACCAGGCUCACACCAUCAGAUACGAGCCUUGCAUCACAGUCCCAUACCGUUAAACAAUGGGCCAACUAUACCGGGUCCAACCGCUGCACAUCGCUACGAUGCAUCCUCCUUUGGAAAUGCGUUGAAUUAUCCCAUAUCGGGGCCUGGAUUAUCGCCACAUAUGUCUCAGGGAUUGUCCAACGUCAAUAGCUCGCCGAUGGCAAUACGAAAUUCCAGUGGUGGCGUACUCUCACCCAGAAAUUUUCAAACGAGUUUCCAAGCCCCGUCGCCACAUCCGCCCCUACCACCAAAUUUACCCACCAAUAACCCACCGAAACUUCAUGGUAAUAACAAUUUAGCCACAUCUCUAAGCAGUCCACUGUCUAACAAGGGCAUCUACAAUGAAUUCUACAAUUCGGGUAUGAUAGGAACAAAUACGCGUGCCCCAUCUUUAUUUAGUAAUAAUAGUAGUAGUGGUGGUAUCGUAGGUAGCGGUGGAGGCAUAAACGGUGCAGAAAUUAAAACCCAUUUAGGGCCACCCGAAAAACUUAUGCCGCUACACAUCGGAGGCAUGUGGGAUCAACAACACCAUCUGCAAAUUGGAAAUAGGCCAGCGGUCACCGACAUAUUGAACAUAACUCCUGGUAUUGGAGGCUCUCCAAUGCAUCAGUCCACGCCCCUAUACCCACGCAGCGAUAGCAUGUCAAUGUUUGCCAAGAAAGUUAACAAUAUGAAUAUGGAUCUUAACAAAACGCUAAAUGGACUUGCAAUAGGUGAAUCAUAUAUGUUCAAGAACGAUUAUGGCAUUGGCGACAAUACAGAUAUUCCCAGAGGAGCACUGUCUAGCAUGCCCAAUCAUAAAAACGGUUUGAUUGGUGGCGAUUUGCAAUCGCGUCAAUCUUUCUGGCAUGCGCACAACAGCAAUACGGGGCGUGGAGGAAAUUUUGUAGACAAUACACAAGAACGUACUUCAAUUGUACAUAGCAUGGGCUUAAAUCCAUCUCCAGGCCCAUUCCGCGACCGUGAUAGUUUCGUUCGUUCAGACUCCAUAUUGGAUGACGACGCCGCAACGUUCGAAGAGCCUGCCACAUCUGCAAGCAUGGGAAGUAAGUUUGGCCCCAUAUGUCCUAUGUAUAAAGGUCACAGUAGUACGGCUGCUGAUGUGUCCAGCACCAAUACAUAUCUCAAUAGUUGGAGCAGUGGCGAUGUCAGAAAGCAAUCAACAAAUAAGGAGCAUCCGUUGCUGGACCGAAAUAACUCUGGCGACCUCAACUACUCAGUAUUCUCAAGUGAUACUGAGAACAGUCUGGCAUUACAACUCCGUCAGCAACUACAGCGCUCUGCUAAUAGUCAACAGCAACAACGCCAACAUCAAAAUCAUCAACAACAACAACAAAAUCUGCACAGAUCAUUGGCAUUUGAUAAUUUUAACAGCAUUCAAAAUUCAUUGCUUCCAGAUUUACCAUUCAAUCAUAUCAGCAAUAUAGCACUUCCUAAUAUGCUUUCCGAUGUCGACGACAAUGCCAAUAUCGACAUAACUAAGAAUUCCUCGAUGUGGAAUAGUAGCUUAAAGGCAAUGGAUUCAAACUACUGGAAUGAUUCAUUAUCCAAUGCAGCUGCAAACAGCAAUGAACUACAAAUUCAACGCCAACCGCACCACCAAAAGCAGCCGCAAUUUCAGCAACAAUUUAUUAACAAUAAUAACAAAGGGCGAAAUAGUGAAGAAGGUAUCAUAGAUAGCGGCCGAAUGAGAGAUAUUGAGCAAGAACUCUCUGAAAUCGUGGACAAAAGCUGGUCGAAUGCGGAUGACAGCGGUAUUAAGUUGUAGUUGAUUGAGCAUUAAUGCAGGUAAGAGAACAUAAUAUUACGAAAACAGUGGACAAACCGAUGCCAGCAAAGCACCAGAAGCAAAGGGAGGCUCCUUCGAAACGAUCGAACUGAGUUGAGCGUUGGUCCGAUAAUUUCCCAAACAAACAUACAUAUAAAUAUAUAGCAACUGUGAUUGGAGAGAACCUACAUCGGUUGAUUUAUACGGAAUGCCGAACAACUUAAUACAUUCACAAACACUCAUUCUUUCAACUUUAGCAUAAAGUAGAAAAAACAAAAACAAGAAACAAAUUUUAAGCCUAGCAUAUAUGUAUAUCUAUAUAUUUGAUAGAUAUCUCCUAGAUGAGAGCAAGAUAUAUGCAUACAUGUAGAGAAAGAAAGAUAGAUUACGACAAGUUGAGAGGAACCAAAAAAACAGCCACUGCUGAUGUCACGAUGUUGUAAGUGAAUUUCUUUUUUGGUGAAUUUUUUUCUGUGUUCGUUUAGAAAAGUAGAUUGAAAGCGGUUCUAAGGAAAAUACAUUUUCUUCUACCCCAAAUUGUUGCAAAUUGCAAUAUACCUAUGUAUGUAAAAAAGAGAGCCAACAAGUGUGUAGCGUAUGUAGAAACCGAUCGUAGAGAAAGUAUGCGCAAAACGACUAUUAUUAUGUAAUUAUAACUAAAAUCUUUUGUAUUAGAUAAUAUCGAUUAUGUAAAUGUUAGCGAUACUAACAAUAGUAAUGACGUGAUCAAUAUGAAACUAUAUUUUAUAGAAAUUUAAUGAAAACAAACUCAAACUCAAACUCAAACUCAAAAAUAAUGUAAUAUUUUUGUAUGAAUGCCACCACUAACCGCAUGAUGUCGCUUUUAUGCAGCCACCUUCCCUUCUUAUCACACGAUUGCAAACAUACAUACGAAAUACUAAGGCCCAUCCGGAGGUAAAAAGAUAUAUGGUACAUACAAGUAAAUAUAUUCAUUCUAAAACGUUUUAGUGCUUUGCUCACUGCUUAUAUGUAUGUACAUAUGUAUGUAUGUGCGUACUUCCGACUGACAAAAAAAAAGAUGCUGUAACAUUCACUUUAACUUAAAAUUUACAAUACAGCGUCUUCGCUGGAGAACAAUUAUGUAUGUAUAACUCGCUGGCCACGUUUACAUACACAACAACAAAAAA